AUGGAUUCCGACUACAUUAAUAUUCCAUGUGAUGUUCUUCCUCUCGAUUGCAAAUCGUUUGAUUUGCUUUCUUCAAUUGAAAAACGUUAUCUCUGUUUCUUGGAUGAAGUUGCAUGGAUAGGAGGUCUAAUCGACCUAAUUCAACUUUCUCCCGAAGCAGCAGGAAUAUUCCUACUUGGACAGAGAAUUUUUGAAAAGCAAACUGUGUCCGAACUCUCUGAUUCAGCUAAAUCAGCUCAUGUCAGUGAUACGGACAUUUCUGCAUUCAUUUCGUACUUUAGUUGUAUUCUUGGGAAUCUCGGUAAUUAUCUUAACUUUGGCGACACCAAAUUUGUACCUGAUCUUUCGAAAGAUGCCUUUACAAAAAUUGUGAAAUCUAGUGCUUCUUAUAGUUCAUCAGAAGAAGUAAGGGAUAUCUUUGACAAAGUUAUUGACGCUAUAUACUCAUUGCACCCACGUCGCCUACGUCUUGCUUUCGCUCCUGACGGCCUUACAACUUACUAUUCGGGAAAUUGUACGCGUGAAGAUGCGGAUAUUGUUCAGGAGUAUUUAAAAGCUAUGAAAAUUGAAGGUUACAACACACGUAUAAUGAAAAGUCUCAAUCCGAACUCGGACGGAAAACAUGAAUAUCAUAUUGCCUUUGCAUCCGCAGAGAAGAAAGAGGAGAUUAUCACUCAUCCAUCUCUUCCUACCAACGCUAUUUUCAAGGCAUGCUAUGGUGAUUACCAGGAAAUUAUGACUCUACUCGUUGAGGCAAUUGAUCGUGUGAAAGCAUCUGUAUUGAAUGACACACAACUUCGAAUGUGGGAACAAUAUCAAGUUUCAUUCCGUACGGGUUCGAUUGAGGCACACAAGUUGGGAUCUGAAUUUUGGGUCAGCGACAAGCAGCCUACUAUUGAGACUUACUGCGGUUUUAUUGAGAGUUAUCGAGACCCUUAUGGAGUGAGAGGUGAAUUUGAAACUUUUGUCGCUAUUGUGGAUAAAGAUGUUUCAGCCAAGUUCAGCAAGCUUGUUUCUGGUGCAAUGGAUUUCCUCAAACUUCUCCCUUGGCCCUCAACCUACGAGAAAGAUAAAUUCUUAAAACCCGACUUUUCUAGCAUGGACAUCAUCGCAUUUGGAGUCUCUGGACCUCCGCUUGGAAUAAAUAUCCCCAACUAUGAUGAUAUCCGUCAAUCUAUUGGCUUUAAAAACUUUUCCCUUGCCAAUAUUCUUAAAGCUAAUUUCCAAGAUCCUACUGUCCAAUUCGUCCGUAGUGAAGAUCGUGAUAUUUAUGUGUCAACUGUUGGCCAUUCCUUUGACAUCCAAGUUGGUUUGCAUGAGCUUUUGGGUCAUGGAUCUGGAAAACUCUUCAUGCGAGAUGAGAAUGGAUGUUUUAAUUUCCCCAAAAGCGUUCGUGAUUUGCUUACCGGUGGUGACAUUACCCAUUGGUAUGAGCCAGGAGAAACUUGGGAUAGUAAAUUUAGUAGUGUUGCCUCAGCAUUUGAAGAAUGUCGGGCUGAGUGUGUUGGAGUGUAUCUGUGUGAUACACCCGCUAUUCUCCAGCUCUUCGACUCUGAUAGUAAAUUCAAUUCCGAUGAUGUUGUCUUUGUUAACUGGCUCUCCAUGGUUCGAUCGGGUCUGCGAUCCCUACAAUACUUCACUCCUGCAACUGAUGGUGGUUUUGGUGGAGCUUGGGGACAAGCGCAUUGUCAAGCCCGAUUCGCAAUCUUUAAGGUGAUACUUGAUUGCGAUUCAUCAGCGCUUCGAAUUGAAAUGAUUGAAGGAGAAGACGGAAAACCCGAUCUGAGAAUUCAUCUGAAUCGAGCUGCAAUUCAAUCUACAAUUAAACCUGCCAUUGGAGAAUUCCUGAAAAAGUUGCAGAUUAGUAGGCUAACAGUUACUAUAAGUGCUCCUAUCCUUUUUGUUUUGCUAUUCCAGUACUAUAAGAGUACAGGAAACUCAGAUGAGGGUGUUCCUUUCUUCGUUGGUGCUUCCACCCCAACUCGAGAACAAUUGGAAUGGCGUAAAAUUGUUAUUCAACGCAAGAAGCCAAGGCCAAAUUAUGUUCAACCGGUUACUUUCCAUGAUACUGCAAGUGGUUCGGUCACACUGAAAAACUAUCCCGGUACUGAUGAGGGCAUGAUCCAAUCCUUCGUCGAUCGAUACUCCGAUCGUAGAUGCUUUGGUCGCCGUGCUCUGAGUGCUCUCAAGGCUGUUUGGGAACGCGACCAGCAGUACUUCACCACUGUGCCCCUUUAA